AUGACUAAGCACCAGGUCUGGGCUCCACCCGUCGGCUUCAAAAAAAUUCCUCCGCUUCACCGUUCACGACACAAGAAUACUCGAUCUCUAUACCCACAAACUACCGCCAAAAUGCAUCUUAUGUACACCCUGGGCGCCGAUGGCAAGCGUGUCUACACGCUGAAGAAGGUUGUUGACGGCAAGGUCUCCAAGUCUGCUCACCCUGCUCGUUUCUCCCCCGAUGACAAGUACUCGCGCCACCGCGUUACCCUGAAGCGUCGUUACGGCCUCCUUCUUACCCAGCAGCCAGAGGAGACCGCUUCGUCCUAA